CAUUACUCCUGCCUCCAAACAUUGGUUCCCGUUACGUGGGUAGAAAUCAAUUUCCCGAGUUCGAGCUUGCAGCUCUACACCCUGUCAAGCGCCUCAGUAGUUACUAAGAUGCAACCAUAACAGCUGAACUGCUAGGCGUGCCAAUAGUGCAAAGGGGGCGGAGCCCCGAUGGCUUCCCGAGACCAUCCUGGGGCAGCCCACGGGCUCAGCCGAGGCUCCGGCCACGAUGCGCCUGCCACGCUGGCGAUGAAACCGAUGCCCAUGCUAGACGCGAGCGGCGCAGGUGCGGUGCCCCUGCUAUCGCAGCAGGACUGGAGCCAGGUGCUGCCCGGCACGUUGGAGGACGCGCGGGACGCCGCAGUGGCGCUGCGCGAGCUUGUCCAGGACGCGGUCUUCCUGGAUGAGGACUGCUACAGCAGCGCUGUGGACCAUACGCAGUACCAACAGAAGUUGCAUGCGCACCAGAAGCGCAUCCACGAGCUGGAGAACGAGGCCGCGGCGCUGCGCGCGGAGCUGGAGCGGAAGGACGAGCAGCUGACGGCGGCGGCGGCGCGGCAGCGGCAGUCGCAGCAGCAGGUGGCGGAGCUACAGCAGGAGCUGGAAAACAACGCAGUUGUGUUUCGGGUGCACUACCAGGAGCUGCUCACACGCAAUGAGGAGAUUGAGCGGCUCAAGGUCGUGAUUGAGGGGCUCAGCGGCACGCGGCCUUGAGCUGAGGCACCUGCACGGAGAACUGGCAUGGAGUAUACACGUCGCACUCGAGGACUAGGAGGCUGCGGCAUGAUCUGGGACCGACUUUAGACGGAUGCAAGCAGGCAUGCAGAUGGGCAGGGCUUUGCUGGUGAUGGCUUGAACGGAGGAAGAGGGCAACUGCAGGGUACAACGUGACGGGGACGAGGUGUGCCUUGGUGAGGCACCGUGUGGUAGGGUUUGCAGGAUGGCUGUGCGGGCUGCAGGUCUCCCGCUUUUGAUGACUCAGUGGCUCACACGGACUGCGGACAUGAAUGCGGAUGAAUGGGAGGUGACAUUUUGUACUUUUAUGUGGGCGCUUCAGUGCGCUAGGGCCAAUUGAGCCCAUUUUCGAGACAGGUUGGGAGACAGGAUAGAGGUUGGGAGACAGGUUGGGAGACA